ACAUGUUAGAAUCUGUCCAAGCCCCUUUGAUCGAAGCUGGUCAAGAAGUUGACGAGGAGUGUUACCUUCUCUGGCGACUGGAUUCCUGGAGGAGAAGCCAUUCCACUCGAGUACAACAUGGCCGCUCUCAACCCCAUCAGCUUUGAGAAAGGCUGCAACGUCGGACAGGAACUAAUACCAAGGACGCAUUUCCGCUCAUGCCUAAAUGCGCGAGGGAGUGGCUCGUGGCACAGAGAUUAUGGAUGGAGAAACCGGGAAGAAGUGGGGUCAGUGAUCACAGCUCUUGGCUCGCGAGGAUUGGCGAUGGUGAGACUGGAGGCGGUAGCUAAAGACAGACUGAAGCUCCAGAGCGUGGACGGUGGUGGCGGCGCUUUCGGGCACUGUUGACUAGAAAGUGAGUGAUCAUACGGUCGGGAGACGUGUCAAAUUCCUAGGAAUAUCCCCCAUAGUUUAGGGUUUAUAACAUGGAGAGCUUAAAUUUGGUUGUGUGGCUCAAGCGCGGCCACUGUAAGUGCCACUGCGCCCGUGACAGAUCAAAGCAGCACGGAUCUCCACUGGAACAAUCGCUACUUAAGCCGCGCCUAAUUCGAUCGAUCGAUCCAUAUCACGCAAGCGCUCGGGAGAGAGAACACUGGAUCAUCACCACUCACGCGAAGAAAGGAAGCAAUGGGGGAGGACGAGGACGUGGAGAUGGGGAAGAGGAGCAGCGCCGCGAGCUCCACCGAUCUGGAGCAGGCAAUGCCGGCGACGACGGCAGUGUCGAUGGAUGGGGGAAUAUCGGAGAGACCCAAGAACAGCCCGGCCUGGAUGGCGGCCAUGGGCGCCGGGCAUUUGAAUCGGCUGCUCGUGAGCAAUCCAUCGUCGCCCAAGUCGCGCUUCGCCCCAAAGGAUCCCGCGGACCAGAAGCGAUCGAGCUUUAACAGCAGCGCCAGCGGCAGCAAGCCAUCGUCUCCAAAGACUCCGAGCUCCACCCAAGACAUCCACCGCAAGGACUCCGAAAAGUACGUGCUAUUUCGGACGCGAUCCUCCAAGAUCGAGAAGCAGCUAUCACGCCUCCGCGAGGAGGAGAUCCAGCAGCAGCAGCAGCAACACCACCAGCUCGAUCCAGGCGAUCAUCCAGAGCAGCAGCAGCAAUCCAGCAAACCGAUCCACCACGAAGAUCACUCCGCCCAAGUUCCCGCCGGGCGAUACUUCGAUGCUCUCCAAGGCCCGGAGCUCGAGCAGCUCAAGGAAUCCGAGGAGGCGCUCCUCCCUCUCGACCAGCGAUGGCCAUUCCUCCUGCGCUUCCCAAUCUCAUCGUUUGGAGUGGCGCUGGGGCUUGGCAGCCAAUCCAUUCUCUGGAAGAACCUCUCCACGGUCCCAGCGAUGCGAUUCCUCCACGCCCCGGAGAUCAUCAACACGGUGCUGUGGUUCCUGGCCGCGAUCGCGCUCGCCGGGAUCUUCACCACCUAUCUCUUCAAGGCGAUCUUCUACCUCGAGGCGGUGAGGCGCGAGUACUACCAUCCUGUGCGCGCAAACUUCUUCUUCGCGCCAUGGAUCGCCGCGAUGUUCUUGGCACUGGGCAUCCCUCCAUCGGCGGGAGUGACGCUACAUCCCUGGAUCUGGUGCUGCCUCAUGGCGCCAAUCCUCGCGCUAGAGCUCAAGAUCUACGGGCAGUGGCUCUCGGGCGGCCAGCGCAGGCUGUCCAAGGUCGCGAAUCCGUGCACGCACCUCUCCGUGGUGGGCAAUUUCGUGGGCGCGCUGCUGGGAGCGACCGUGGGAUGGAUCGAUGGCGGGAUCUUCUUCUGGGCGAUCGGGCUCGCGCACUAUCUGGUGCUCUUCGUCACGCUCUACCAGCGACUGCCCACCAACGAGGCGCUGCCCAAGGAGCUCCACCCGGUAUUCUUCCUCUUUAUCGCCGCGCCCAGCGCUGCCAGCCUCGCGUGGGAGAAGAUCACCGGAGACUUUGGCAUUGUCUCUCGGAUCGCCUUCUUCAUCGCCCUCUUCCUCUUCUCAUCACUGAUCGUGAGGAUCAAUUUCUUCCGGGGCUUUCGAUUCUCGCUCGCCUGGUGGGCGUACACGUUUCCCAUGACCGCCAUCUCCAUCGCCAGCAUUCACUACUGCCAGGAGGUUUCCACGCCCGUCACGCAAGCGCUGGCGACGAUCCUCUCCUCCGUCUCUAGCGCCACUGUGGCGCUGCUCUUCGUGGCGACGAUGUGCCACUGGCUGGUGUGGAAGACCCUCUUCCCCAAUGAUCUCGCCAUCGCCAUCACCAACCGGAGGAGGAAGAGGAAGAGGCAUUCCCAUGGCUCCGAGGAGGAUUUCUCCACGAGUAGCGGCAAUGGCAGCAGCAAAUCCAGGGACGCCACGAGCACCAGCACGGAUUGGAGCUGCGCGAUUCUUCCCAGCGUCGAAAUGAGCACCUCGUCGUGCUUUGGGACGAAGACGAAGGUGAUCGAUUAGCCCUAAAAGGAUAUGCUCUUGGUCAAUGCUCGUUUGACUUUCUUUGACCAAAGUUUUUUGCGAUGCUUUGGUCGGAGAAGCUACUUUGACGAUGCCGAAGCAAUCAACCC